UGCACUCCGAACCGACGCAGCACAGUCAAAGGCGUCGUCUUCACAGCCUGCCAUCUGUGCCUGAGCAGCGCACUGUGGAAUGUCACCCUGCUGGCAAUAAUGUGCGGGAUCCACGUCGUCGUUUCACGCGACGGCUUCCAGUCGCUGCCCCCAGACGUCAAGGCCUGCCUCUGCAACCGCGGUCCGGAUCACCUCGGCCAAGUUUGCUGCCAAACAUCAGGCGGUAGCAAUGGCUCUGUCUUUCUGACUCUGACCUCGACGGUCCUGGCUCUGCGCGGGGAUCAUGUCACGCAGCAGCCCUUUUGCGACGCGUCUUCUGGAUCUGUCCUAUGCUGGAACGGAGAAGCCUGGAAGAUUGCGGGUGAACCCGUCCAAGGGAACGACGGAGAGGCAAUUUUUGCUUUGCUUACAGCGGCCAGUAGCCGCGAUACCGCGGAGGACGCGAUUUUGAAUGUGCUGCGCAGCAUUGAGGGCCCUUUCGCUUUUGUCUACUUUGACGCGACUUCGUCCCGUCUGUUCUAUGGUCGCGACCGACUUGGUCGACGCUCGUUGCUACUCAAUGGAGAGGGAGGUAUCAGACUAUCCAGUAUAUCUGAAAGCACGUCAUCGUCGUGGGGGGAGGUGGAAGCGGAUGGCAUCUACGUCGUCGACUUCGUCUCUUGGGAUAGUGACUCAUUCAGCCCAACUUCGCCUCGCUCUUGGACGCCAGGCGAGACUGAGACGGUCCUCAAUAUCGGGGUCUUCAAUAUGACACUUCCACCAUCAGACGUCCAACCAUUGUCAGCAGUGUCGCCGUCAGUGCAGGCUGUCAGACAGCAGAUGACGCAGUCACUAAAGUUACGUGUCUUGAACGUUCCUGAACCCCCAGAUCACAAUACCGGCAACGACACGCGAUUAGCUGUUCUAUUUUCCGGCGGGCUGGACUGCACGAUCUUGGCGCGUAUGGCAAGCGACAUAGUCCCGUCCGAUCAAGGCAUCGACCUGAUCAAUGUAGCCUUUGAGAACCCUCGCCUAGCAGCGAAGGCUGACAACUCUCCUGGCGGGCCGAGCCUCUACGAGGCCUGUCCAGACAGGAUCACGGGAAGGAAGUCCUUUGCCGAGCUAACUAGUGUCUGUCCUGCCCGCAGCUGGAGGUUCAUUGCCGUGGACAUUCCCUAUCAAGAAGUGCUUGAACAUCGAAGCCAAGUUAUCUCUUUGAUGUAUCCUCAUAACACCGAGAUGGAUCUCUCCAUCGCCUACGCUCUCUACUUUGCUGCCCGUGGCGUCGGCAUGUCGCAGAGUACUCCGUCGGGUCCCGUUGUACAAUACGCCACGCCAGCGCGAGUACUUCUCUCGGGCCUCGGAGCCGAUGAGCUCUUUGGCGGUUACGUGCGUCAUACCACCGCCUUUUCGAGAAGAGGUUAUGUGGGCCUUCUCGAGGAACUCAAGUUGGAUGUCAGCCGGCUCGGGAAGCGCAACUUGGGACGCGACGAUAGAGCCAUGUCCCACUGGAGUCGCGAGGUGCGCUUCCCGUUUCUCGACGAGCAGUUUGUCAAAUGGUCUAUCGAAUGCCCGGUCUGGGAAAAGUGCGACUUUGGCUUCACCGAAGCAGAUUCGGGGGUCGAUCCUGAGAAAAGGGUGCUGAGGCUUCUUGCGAAGGACCUCGGCAUGUGCGCAGUCGCACAGGAGAAGAAGAGAGCGAUUCAAUUCGGCUCAAGGACCGCAAAGAUGGAGAGUGGGAAAACGAAGGGAACAACGCUCAUUGCUCCGUGA